AUGACGUUAUUCUUGUUUGGAUCAUCUUCAGUAAGGAAUAAGAAAACAACAACAACAAUAACCCACAAACAACAGAAUAACAACAAUUAUUCAUCAUCAACCGCUGUGGAAAGGAAUAACAAAUCACCAAAGGGUUCUUCUCUACGUUCUUCCGUUGUCAUUCAGGAAGAAAAGGUCAAUGGAACAACGUCGUCAACCCAUUCAAAACACAAAAAAGGAGGCUCCUCUGCUCAACAGUCAACGAAUCAAAAGUCAUCGAGACAUUCCGUGAAUGAUGAUGUCAACAAAGAAGAGAACCACCUUGAUGAUCAUCAUCAGUCGCUGGAACUUGAUGCAAGUCAUAUUGUUGAAGUUCCUCCAUUGAAUCAACUCUUACCUGAUAUCAACAAACGACCUUCUCAUCAUGCUUUGCCAAGAGAAGACUCGUUUGAAACUUUGAAAUCACCUUGUCAGAUACCUCAAAUUGCAUCAAUCAACUCUUCCUCUACAUCGUCCUCUUCACCUUUACAUUCACCUCAUCAACGAACAGAAUUCUCAUCAAGGAGAAAAAAAAUUUCUCACCAGGUGGGUUCUUCGAAUGGUGAUGAAGGUCACGUCAAGAGGCAUGUAUUGAAAUCUACAAAUUCUGUGCGAUUAUUGGACACUUUUCAGAAAAUGAGCAGCACUAGAACCUUAAUCAAACAAGACCCUGCUUUUGAAAGCAAAUUAAUUGAAUAUGAAGAAAAGAGACCAAAACAAGAGAUGGAAGAGUGUAAAAAGAUGGUUUUCUCUCAGUUGGAUGACAUGAGGAAGGUUUCACCCACCUCCAUAUACGAUAAUUCAUUUUCGAACGCCCAACCUGUGAAAACUUAUGCAUCAAAGAAUAGAGGAUCCGAUAGAGUUAGAAACGACGAUGAAUAUUCAGACGAAGAAGAACAAGAUUUGGCCUAUUCGAAAAGAGAAAUUGGUAAAUUAUAUGCCAAAGAAAUUGGAAGAGAAAGUUUGCAUCUCAUAUGCAAAGUUAGACGAAAUAUGAAGAAACAAGACAGUUUCAUACAAGAAUUGAAUGAUACCAAUAUUAAGGAAAAGUUUGAAAGAAAUAUGAGCUUAUUGAAGGGUUAUGGAACGAAUAAGCAACACGGAUUGAAAGUGAUGGAGUAG